UAAGGGUUACGAGUUCGGAGAUGACAAAAGUCAGAUCAGUACGAAAACACGGGCUGUAGGCACGGGGGCACUUGGCACUGCGCGUGGGGGUUGAAAGUUCGACACCAAGACAGAUUGCCAUACCUGGAGCUUGUCAUUUAGAAACCAAAGUUGGCCCCCCUUGAUCCAGAUAUCCUACAGAAAACAAUGGCCUCAAGUCCUCGAGCAUCUCCCCACAUGAGGAGAACGAGUCGUCUGGACAAACUGGAGGCCCAGAACCGCAAAUUACGGUCCAAAUUGAAGAAAAUGGAGAAACGCGUGGACAACGUCGAUAAUCAUCUCAAAGUUCCAGAUGAGGACUUCAAUAAUAAAGUAGAAAAACUUUCUGACGCUUAUAAAAUCUUAACUACAGGGGGAUGUGGUGGCCCUGUAAGCACCUCAAAUAACAGACAGAAUGGAGUGACAAAACCCGUGGGGGAUGACCCUCGUUGGCGACGCUUCAGAUCUCGUUCGCCGACCCCAUCACACGUUUCUCCACGCAGCCAAGAAUCCUUGCCUGCGGUUUCUCCGCGCCCCGUGCUACCUCCAUUACAGACUCAACUUUCACCCGAACAACCGAGCCCGAAACUUCUUCAACGCAGACGACACUCAAUAUGUCACGUGCCUUUAUCACAUCCACAGCUACCAACCAAUCAGAAUUCGACAAAUGUUGCAAAAUCCGAGGAUUCCGGUGAGAAAUCAGAAGAUUCCGAAUUAUCCACUAAUGGAUCGCCUGGUCCUUUGCACAAAACCGGUACGAUUCACACAGAAUCUGCCGUGGAGAUUUCGGUCACGGACCUCGCCGCACCUGAACCGGUUGAGAUCAUCGUCAGUAAUGUUCCCGGAUCCGCCCAAGACGGAGAAGAUACCCCCAGAGACGAUAUUCCGAAAAUCCCUCCUAUCCGUAACAGGCGAAGAAACUCGAUUGCCGUUGGAACUGACCUCAGAAAGUUUCAACAAACUGAACGAAAGAAAGCGAUCAUACAAACUGAACGAAAGAAAUCAAGUUCUUUAGAAAGACUAGAAUCAAUUUGUGAAGAAAAAAUGGCAAUAGUUCGGCCCAGUUUCCAUUCGGGGACAAAAAAUGUCCCUUUAUUUCUGCACCCCGAGUUCUUUCACCUUCUUCAAACAUCGGGUCGGACUCGCGAUAAACAAGAGACGGCAGCACCGGCGAGUAAUCCCGAUUUUUUAAAGCCAGCGAUUCCCGAGUACCGCAUGGCGUCGAGUUUACGCCCUUCAGAUGCCGCGGCGGCCCCAGUUGAAAUGCAGACAGAAAAAAAGGGGCUGGCUUCUUGGCUGGGGAUGUCAAAGAAGUCGCUGAAGAGAGUACAGGAACGUCAAAGUAACGACCAGGCAGCGGAGGAGAGUAUGGCUGCCAAACCCCGGUCCAUAAAUGACCGAAGAAAAUCCGUUCUUUUCUGACCAAGUGAUGACGUUAAUUUCUUUUUACAAUUUUAUAUUUUUGUUUGGUUAAAGUUUUAAACCUCUCGAAACUUAUAAAAACAUUUGCUUUCUGUGUGCUUCGCAUUAACAAUAUAUUUACGUAUGCAGAGCACGCUCCGAAUAUCUUAAUGUGUUAGUACAUGUAUGCAUUUUGCAAUUUUUGCAUGGAUUUAUUCUGAUGUUACUAAGUUGUGCUUUCAUUUUGGCAUACGUGUAUAAAGCUUGCAACGCAAUAUGAAAUAUACACAGAUGAACGGAAAAAUGAUCGAGUCUGAACGUUCAAAGCAUUUAUUAUUGAUCGAUGGUAAACCUUAUUUUUUAGCUGCAGAGUUUUAUAACUGAAUACAUGGAUAAUGAAUUUCGUGCAACUCCAAAAUGAAUGACCGUUGGUUUAUUUUAACUGUAAAAGGACUCGGAAUCAGAGAAAUAUCAAAAUUUGGCCAUUCAUACUUUUCAGAUGUUACUACACCACGUACAUUAUAUGUUUUACAAUCUAACUGCAGAAAAUCAAGGAAUAACGCACAGAUGAGAAUCCUUAAGAGAA